AUGGGAUGCGUAACCACUUCGUCAUAUCUCACAAGAUGCCUAUCUACCCUGUGCACACACACGACCCUGGGUAGGGACUGGGAACUCGGCACACCAAGGCUACCAUCUCUAGCACCUGAUGGACUUGACAGCAAAGGGAAACCUGGACCACCCCUUUGUGUCCAUCUUGUUGGAGAUGCCGCUGCAUCCAUUCUCGCUAAAGAUGUCACAGGAUCCCCAGGACGUGACCCUCCCCGAGAUAAACGGCCUACCAUCUGGUCCACGUCAGCAAUCGCUUCCAAGCCAUGCAGGUCCAACUCACCGCCUGGCACGAGAUUGUCGCAAACCCAGGCAGAGCUGACGGGGACGCAGUCCCUAAAGCGAGUCUGCUUGCAUACGAUGAGAUCCUUGGCCAAGACGCAGGCCGCGAGUCCUGCGGCUGCCACAAGCAACUUCAUGUUGUGA